AGUUCCUCCUCCCUCCGGCGCGAGCUGACGCGGCUGCGCGGUGUGGCGUUGCUCUUGCUGCUGGAAAGUUUGUAUCACUCUUUAGGCUAUAUUGCGACGAAGAUAUCACACGAUAAUGUCGCAUCCCGCGGAAGACGGACUAUUUCGGAAAUUGUGUUGGUGACAGGGAGAAGGAGCAGAGCGGACAUGGCCGUUGCAGUCGCUCAUCACCACCGAGCUGCCGUGCCGUGGGUCUGGGGUCAGUUUGUACCGAAGCUGAAUGGAGUGUCUGCCGUUGGACACUGCGUACUGGCCUAACCACCACCAGUAAUAACAACUCCACAGUAGAGACUGUUUAACAUGAUGCUCCUACUUUAACAAGAGGAUAAUUAUCGCUAUCUGGAUUAGAUUUAUCGGUCACCACCACCACCACCAUGUCUGACCAAAACUACUAUUGGACCGUGUUGCCGAGCUACAAAACUAGUUUUGUGACUGGGGCCAUGAUGAAAAGAUCAAAAAGUUCCCGUAACAACAAGAGAAGGAGUUUGGCGGUCGGCACCCCGUCGCCCACGCUCUCACGACCCCUUUCUCCUCUCCCACUUGCCACAGCUGGCAGUAGCCCUUCAGAAAGCCCCAGAAAUGUCUCUGCCAGCACCUCUGCCAACUUCCAGUUUGCCCGCAGCCAACUGGCCCGCACUGAAAGAGCGGAUGGGCGAAGGUGGUCUGUGGCGUCAGUUCCCUCUUCUGGAUACUGCACCAAUGCGCCCAGUUCAUCAGUAUCAUCUUCUUCUUCCCAGGAGUUAUUGCACCAGUUGCCCUUCCAGCCCACGCAAGAUGAUCUCCACUUCCUGUUCAAACAUUUCCGGAGCACAGAGAGUGUGGCGGACGAAGAAGGAGCGCACCCCUCGCCCCCUGUUAGGAUCCGCUCACGCAGUCUCAGCCCUGGACGGACCUGUGGAACAUUUGACAAUGAAAUUGUCAUGAUGAAUCAUGUCUACAAAGAGCGCUUUCCUAAGGCGACAGCCCAGAUGGAGGGUCAGCUGCUCGACAUCAUUGCAGAGUGUUCCCCAGGCACUGCUCUGCCCCUGGCUGAUGGUGUGCUGGGAUUCAUUCAGCACCAGCUGGUGGAGCUCGCCAGAGACUGUCUGGACAAGUCCCAGAAAGGCCUGGUCACCUCCAGGUACUUUGUGGAGCUGCAGGAGAAACUGGAGAAGCUGCUGCACGAGGCGUAUGAGCGUUCAGAGAGCGAGGAGGUGACCAUCAUCACCAAACUGGUCAAGAAGAUUCUCAUCAUCAUCUCCAGGCCUGCCAGGCUCCUGGAGUGUCUGGAGUUUGAUCCAGAGGAGUUUUACCAACGUUUGGAAGUUGCAGAGGGUCAAGCCAAGGUGGGCCAGGGCAUCAAGACUGAUAUUCCCAGAUACAUCAUCAGCCAGCUCGGCCUCACCAGGGAUCCCUUGGAAGAGAUGGUCCACCUGGAGCAGACGAGUCCGAGUCACAGAGCGGCCAGUAGAGACUCUGAUGACACUGGAGAGGCAACACCUAUACAGAGCCAAGCAGCCUGCACCCCUCCUCGUAGGAAACCACUGGAGAGCGACUUUGAGACCAUCAAGCUCAUUAGCAAUGGCGCCUAUGGGGCUGUAUUUCUAGUGCGCCACAAGGAGACUCGUCAACGUUUUGCUAUGAAGAAGAUCAACCGGCAGAACCUGAUUCUUAGGAACCAAAUCCAGCAGGUGUUUGUGGAGCGAGACAUCCUCACCUUUGCUGAAAACCCAUUUGUGGUUUCUAUGUUCUGCUCUUUUGAGACACGGAGGCACCUCUGCAUGGUCAUGGAGUAUGUGGAAGGUGGAGAUUGUGCCAACCUGUUGAAGAACAUUGGUCCUCUGCCUGUGGACAUGACCCGGAUGUAUUUUGCAGAGACUGUCCUGGCUUUAGAGUACCUUCACAACUACGGCAUCGUACACAGAGACCUCAAACCUGACAAUUUGUUAAUCACCUCCAUGGGACACAUUAAGCUGACAGACUUUGGGCUGUCAAAGAUUGGUCUAAUGAACAUGACCACCAACUUGUAUGAAGGACACAUUGAAAAGGAUACCAGAGAGUUCAUCGACAAACAGGUGUGUGGUACUCCCGAGUACAUUGCUCCAGAGGUGAUUCUGAGGCAGGGCUAUGGGAAGCCAGUAGACUGGUGGGCUAUGGGCAUCAUCCUUUAUGAGUUCUUAGUGGGCUGUGUGCCUUUCUUUGGAGACACACCAGAACAGCUCUUUGGUCAGGUGGUCAACGAUGAUAUCAUCUGGCCAGACGGUGAGGAUGCUCUGCCAGCUGAUGCCCAGGACCUUAUCACCAGGCUACUGAGACAGAGCCCUCUGGAGCGUCUGGGAACAGGUGGAACCACUGAGGUGAAGAUGCACAUGUUCUUCUUGGGUCUGGACUGGAACGGCCUCCUGAGGCAGAAAGCUGAAUUCAUACCUCAACUAGAGACUGAGGAGGACACCAGUUACUUUGACACCCGAUCAGAGCGCUACUGUCACCUGGGCUCAGAUGACGAUGAUGAAACCAAUGAUGAUGAAUCAUCUCUGGAACUCCGACAGUUCUCCUCUGUGGCCCACCGCUUCAGCAAGGUGUACAGCAGCACAGAGCACCUGUCCACCUCCACGCCGUCCAACCAGAGCCUGUCGUCAUCCGAACGAAGCCACAGUGAGGAGAAGGAGGAACGAUGGGAGGGCAGGGGAGUCCUCUCCCCUGGCGAUGGACACAAACACUUGGCUAGUGGAGACAGGAGGACAGAUGGACACAGGGGGAGUCUGCGUCCUCGUGCUUCGUCCAGCUCCUCCCAGUCAGAGCGCAGCGCCAGCCCACUGGUGAUGAACAGCACCCAGAGCCUCGACGUCAUGCCUCGCUUCGCCAUCUCUGCCGAGGAGGAAGAUGGGAUGGUUUCCAACCUGCGGCGCAUUCGGCUCCGGAGCAACAGCACAGGCACCAGGCCGUCCUUCCGAAGAGGGGCGUCCCGACGCAUCGCCCACCAGCUGGAGACGCCAGAGAAACCCAGAUCCCUACCUGGCAAAGUCCCCAAGUCUGCCUCCGUCUCUGGCCUGUCCCUUAUCAUCACCCCAGAUGACUCAGCAGGUCCUCCUACGAGCCCCAAAUCGUCCUUGUCCCUGUCGUCCAACCCCUCGUCCAGAGACUCGUCCCCCAGCCGGGACCUCUCUGUCAGCAUCAGCUGCCUCAGGCCUCCUGUGGUCAUCCACAGCUCUGGGAAGAGGUUUGGCUUUGCGCUGCGAGCUAUCAGAGUCUACAUGGGAGACAGUGACGUCUACACUGUUCACCACAUGGUCUGGUGUGUUGAGGAAGGCAGUCCAGCACACGAGGCAGGAUUGAGGGCUGGUGACCUCAUCACUCACGUCAAUGGGGAGUCUGUCCAGGGACUCGUCCACACUGAGGUGGUGGAGCUCCUGCUCAAGAGUGGCAACAGGGUGACCCUGCAGACUACUGCACUAGAAAACACUUCUAUCAAGGUGGGUCCUGCCAGAAAGGUGAGCUACAAGGCCAAGAUGGCCCGGCGCAGCAAGAAGAGCAAGAGGAAGGACGGACAGGACAGCCGACGACGUAGCAUCUUGAAGAAGCUGUCUAAGCAUACGCCUCCUCCGCCCAUGCAGAGCAGUCGUAGCUUCUCUUCAGGUUUCCACCAGUCAUCUAGCGACAGCCUCUCUGGCUCCCCCACGCAGAGUCUCUCUCCUGGGCCUUCUACGCCUUGUCGCUCCCCUGCUCCUGACCACUCUGGAGAUUCAAGUUCUUCUCCUUGCUCCAGCUCCCCUAACUCACCUGUACCACAGGCCCGUCCCAGUUCCCUACAUGUUUUGGGUCGCUACAACAAAGCUGGCCGCUGCAAGUCCACCACCAGUAUCCCUCCUUCUCCGUUGGCCUGCAUCCCACCUCCUCAGCCCAUCUCUCCCCAGUGCUCUCCAUCCUGCCUCCCCAGUCACCCCAAGUCCCUACAGGGUUUCCAUGGCAAGACAUUGUCCCCUCCUACUAUCGCCCGCCAUUCUGUGCGUCCCCGCAGUGCAGAGCCACCGCGCUCACCACUCCUCAAGAGGGUCCAGUCAGCAGAGAAGCUGACAGGAGACAAGAUGACGGGGGGAUACCAUGGAGAUAGGAAGGCCUACAGCACCCGCCGCCACACCAUGGAGGUGCCCCUGUCUGAGGGGGAGGGGCUGGAGGACACGGAGGGGGGCGCCGCCACCGGGUUCGUCUGUGUCGGUGAGCACGGCCGUCAGGGGCUAUACAUAGCAGGGCAGAGAGGCCACCAGGACGUGGCCAGUGGAGGCAGCGAGCACCACCGCACUACCGCCUCGCCACAACACCGUGGCGGCAACCACCACUCCAAAGAGGUGGUGGUGAUGAGGAAGCUGGCUCUGUCGGAGCGAAGGGACUCCUUCAAGAAACAGGAGGCCGUGCAGGAAGUGAGUUUCGAUGAUUUGGAGGAGAGAGAGGCGACGCCGAGCCCAAUGCUUCCUGGCACACAGCCGAAGGCGUUCAAGGCGUCCUGGAUCAACUCGGCCCAGUCAGAAUCAAGUGUGAAGCUGGAAGGAAGAGGAUCACAGGGUACAACAACACAGCAGAAAACCAAGUCAAAAGACAAAGAAGGGUUUUAGCUUUGUCACUUCGCCAGGGAUAAUAGGCCAACAACGAGUCUCACCCAGGAGGAGACUGCAAAGUGAACACCUGCUACUGUACUUACAUUUGAAGGCCUUGCAUGUGUGUCCAGAAAACUGUGACCGAGUCCUAAAUCAUCACAAACAACUGCUUGAAGACGGAAGAGCAAAUCAGCAAAUUAACAUUGAUGUUUCUCAGUAAUAUAUGCAUCCUGCAACACUGUUAACAGAAUAAUGACAAAAACAAUGUUUACUUCCUAGUUGCUUGUUUUCUCUCUUGGUUCUCAAAUCACUGUGGCACCUGUAACUGAUGUAUUUUGUAAAUAUUUUUUGAUUUUAAAUGAAGAAACUUAUUUAUGACUUUAUUUGGUUGCUGAAAAUGCUUUGGAUGCUUCAGCUGUUCUUAGUUCAAGAUUUGCACAAAAGAAAUGCCACGCAACUUCUUCUCGGUGUGGCUUUACAGUAGGUGCAGAAAAGGGCAGGUUACAUCAGUCUAUCGUACCAUUUUUUAAUACCACGAUGCCUGUCUAGAACUGGGUGUUGUUUCGUGUUCAGAUUGGGUCUUUGAAACAAACUUACAGUGUUUUGUCCUGCAACAUAUAUAAUGUAUUAUAGAAUUUCAGAAGAUAUUCUGUGCUGCCUCUCAUAAGAAAUCUAUCAUGAAGAUUGUGGUGGUGACCGUUUGGACUGAUCGAUCGUGAACGCAGGCCUUGUAGAAACAUUUUAGAAGGACAAAAAUAUCAACAUCUCAAUACUUGGAAGCCUAGCUGUGGUGCCAAAACAUGGUUUAGCCAUAGAAACCAUUUAAAAAGAGGUACUGUAGUUGUGCUUGAGAAGCUUCAUGCAUGCAUGGGCUCUACUUCCACUUGCUGUCUGUCCUGUAAAAAAAAAAAAAAAAGUGCGUGAGUGCUGACACUCCUAUAGCAGUGGUUUAAAUCAUAACCUGAUCAACAUACAGGUGUGUAGAUAAAGCUGUUGUCUCUGUCCUCUAAUACCUUGUUGAAUCAAGCCUCCAUCCAGCUCCUUACAAACCUAGUCUAGCUGAAGUGUUUGCACAAGUUGUAGUAGCCGUAUAACAGUUAGAGCACAUUUAUAUUUCAGGACGAUCUCAUUCAGAAAUUGUACAGUGGAUGCAACAAACAAAACUGGCUCCCUUGGCUGUUUUUUUUUUUUUUUUCCUUUUUUUAAAAAAAAAUUUUUAUGUGUGUUUUGAAUGAAUGUUUACAUUUUAGUGCAAAUAUGUGUCAUGGAUUUUGUUAAAUUAUUGUGAAAAAAGUGAAUGACAGGGAAUUCAAACAGAGGCCCUGAGAAGGAAUGGGUAGAGGGGAUUUCCUUUUGUAUAUUUUGAUAUGGAAACAGUCGUUGCAGUACUAAUAACCAUUGCUGUUGAUGUAUAUUGUAUAAGCAAUGGUGGACCUUAUAACAGCUGUCAGUGGUGUUUUUUGAAAGUGACCUUGUAAGGGUAGAUGGACUUGGAUACAUUGUGUAAUGUCACUUAUGUGACAAGGUCUUGAUCUCAUGUUGCGAUCAAGCUCAAUGGAUUGUGCAUGCUUCACAUCCCAGUAUAAUAUUCCCACAGUCUUACAACAUAUUUUUUAAGAUCUUGGAAGUUCUUAAUCUCAUCGAAUGGGCCUUGAGUUCUUAAAUGUGAUGUUCAGUCAGUGAUUUGAGCUUUAAAAUGAGAGUUUUGUUAGGAGAUUUGAACAUAUGGGAUUUGGUUUUCAGCUAUGUAUUCUUUAUUUUCUAUUUCUGUUCCCAAUUUGAUGGUGUUUUUUGUUGUUGUUGUUGUUUUCAUUUAGGAACUGUUUGGAUCAGCAACCAAAAUAUUUCCAGUCUUACUUCAAAUUAAUUUGUUACACAGAAGAAAAUGUUGUCCUGUGUUGUUAGUUUCAUGAAGGCACACAUUUGUGUUUUGCAGAGUUGAGAGAGCUGCUAAUGUGGGAAUUUAUCAUGGAAGUUUAGCACAUACUAAGCCUUGAACAGUGGUUAUAGAUGGUGGGGGUUCAAAUUAGAAGUUAGAAGUUUGUUCAUUGUACUUGGGGGAUUUGUCACUGAAUUUCUGAUGCAAUAUACAUCUUGGUAUGUUCAUAGGAUUUGAUCUUUUUAGUUUGUACCAAACCGUCAUCAUAUUUCUUGACUUUAAGUUGUAUCGUCAUGUUAUACUUUUUAAAAUCAAGAGCUCAUUUUGUGGAGAUCUCAGCAACAGUCCACACCAGCAGUUUCUGCAUCAAAAUUAAGCAUCACAACUUUCGUGUGUGUGUGUGUGUGUGUGUGUGUGUGUGUGUGUGUGUGUGUGUGUGUGUGUGUGUGUGUGUGUGUGUGUGUGUGUGUGUGUGUGUGUGUGUGUGUGUGUGUGUGUGUGUGUGUGUGUGUGAGAUAAACUCCAUGUCCUCACAUGAGUGCUCAGCUGUCAUUCUCCAUAUUUUUCACGCUUGUUUUAGUGUGUUUUUUAGUGUUGUUGCUCCUCAUCUGACCCCUCGUCCCCAAAUGACAAACUGGCCUUUGUGAAAUUCCUACCAUGUGGGUAUCUGAUGCAGACCGGUGUGACAUUGUAUGUUUUUUUUAUUGUCUUAACAGUGCUUGAAAUAAAUGAAUUGCAAAGGGACUACAAAGUCCAGGACUACAAA